AUGAAUGCUAUUGCAAUGAGGGAAAUACUUCAGAAAUAUGAUAAAGUACACAGCUCUUUGAAUGGAAAGAAUUUCAAGUCUAGGAUGAAUGCCGAACACAUUGACCUUUUGCACUCACCUUGGCUAAUUGAAUUGGGAGCUUUUUAUCUGAAUUCUAGCGGACUAGAUAAUUGUGAGCUUGAUGGAGUCUACGGUUUCUUUUCAUGUGAUCUAAGCAUAACUAAAGCUGUAAUGACGUUGGUUCUUCCCGAUUCUAUUAAUCUCGAGUAUGAUUUAACUUGUGCAAUUUGUCUGGAUUUUGUUUUCAACCCAUAUGCUUUGAGUUGUGGUCCUAUCUUCUGCAAGUCGUGUGCUUGCUCAGCUGCCUCUGUGAUGAUUUUUCAAGGCCUUAAAUCUGCAAGUCCCGAGUCAAAGUGUCCUAUAUGCAAAGAGGCUACUGUUUACUCUCAGAGCCGUUCCUUUGCUAUUGGUGUUGGUGUAGUGAAUUCUUUUGGAUACCGUAAGGAUCGAAAUGGUCAAUGGCUAAAGAAAGAUGCACUUUCUCCACAAGAUGAGCGUACUCCUUCUCCUCCUCCUCAGCGAGAUGAUUCAGCCCUCAUGACUGAUGUUCUUUCUAAGUUAUGGGGUCUUCGUACUUAUGUUGGAGAACGUUUUGAUUCAUUGGAUAAUCGCUUUGCCGGCAUGGAUAUCCGUCUCACACAACUUGAAGAAGAUCUUCAUGAUGGAACUCCCCUCGGCCAAUCGUCACUCGACAGCAGCUCCGUCCUAGCGUAG